CUUUCGGCAAAGUUAAAAUUCACAGACAGAGACAGAAGCUCAAAGAGAAAUGAAAGUUGUGAAAACCAGAAAUCUACACAUACUACACUAACAUUUCUUUAAUCUUUCCUUCAAAUCACACAAAAUAUCAUAUCCUUUCUAACAAAAUGCAACAACAAUGACACCCCAAAAUCCAACCCAUCAUCAAACUACUCCAAAUGUUACCCAAAAAACUGACCCCAAAAUCCCUCUUAAAAUUCCUCAAAUCUUCAAAAAACACAAACACAUCACUUUCCUUAUUCGACAUAGCUUCACAACACCCAAAUUACACACACGACUCAAUCACAUUCCAUCACAUUCUCAAAAAACUCGGGUCAUCACCCGACCCGAAAUACAUCCCACACAUGACCCGAAUUGUAAAUAUGAUUCAAACCCAAAAAACAAUAUGCACUGAAGAUGUAGCAUUAACUGUAAUAAAAGGUUAUGCUAAGUAUUUAAUGGUUGAUAAAGCUAUGUAUGUUUUUCAAAAUAUGAAUGAAAUUUUUGGUUGUAAACCUGGUGUUAGGUCAUUUAAUACAUUGUUUAAUGCUUUUGUUGUUUCUGGUCAGUUUAACAAAGCUGAGUUGUUUUUUAAGUAUUUUAGGAUAAUGGGUGUGUCUCCAAAUUUGGAAAGUUGGAAUAUUUUGAUUAAAUUUGAGUGUAAAAAAAGGCGGUUCGAUAAGGCGAAAGCGUUGUUGGAUUGGAUGUGGGAGAGUGAUUUGAAGCCUGAUGUGUUUAGUUAUGGAACUUUGAUUAAUGGGUUUGCGAAAAGCGGAUGUUUGGGUGAUGCGUUAAAGGUGUUCGAUGAAAUGUCUGAGAGAGGAUUGUGUCCGGAUGUGACGUGUUAUAAUAUUUUAAUCGAUGGGUUCUUGAGAAACGGUGAUUUUGAUAGAGGGAAGGAGAUUUGGGAAAGGUUGGUAAAGGGGUCGAGUGUUUAUCCGAAUGUGGUUAGUUAUAAUGUGAUGAUUGAUGGAUUGUGUAGGUGUGGUAAGUUUAAUGAGGGAUUGGAACUUUGGGAUAGGAUGAAGAAAAAUGCGCAAAAAAUGGACUUGUUUACGUGUAGUAUGUUGAUUCAUGGUUUGUGUGAAUUGGGGAAUGUUAACGGGGCUGAGAGAAUUUUUAAUGAAAUGAUUGAGACUGGACUAUCGCCUGAUGUUGUGGUGUAUGGUGCUUUGCUUAAUGGUUAUUGUAAGGUUGGUGAGAUUAAAAAGUGUUUUGACUUGUGGGAGUUGAUGGGGAAGGAAGAUUGUCGAAGCGUUAGUAGUUAUAAUAUAUUGAUGAGAGGUUUGUUUGAGAAUCGAAUGGUGGAUGAAGCGAUUUCUAUUUGGAAACUUAUGAAUGAGAACGGUGUUGUUGCUGAUUCAACGUCUUACGGAAUUCUAAUUCAUGGGUUGUGUAAGAACGGGUAUCUGAACAAGGCUUUGAAGGUCUUGCAAGCAGAAAAUGAAAUGGAUUCAUAUGCAUACUCAUCUAUUGUUAAAGGGUUGUGCGUAGAAGGAAGAUUGGAUGAAGCUACUGCUAUUUUUGGUUUGAUGGCUAAACAGGGAUGUAAACCAAGUUCUCAUGUUUGCAAUGCGUUAAUCAAUGGAUUUAUCAAAGCAUCUAAAAUUCAGGACGCGCUUAGAUUUUUUGGUGAAAUGAGUAGUCGGAAUUGUUCGCCAACAGUAGUAACAUAUAAUGUCCUGAUAGAUGGGUUAUGCAAAGCUGAAAGAUUUGGUGACGCGUAUAAGCUUGUGGAGGACAUGCUGCAGAAAGGGUGGACGCCGGAUAUGAUAACGUAUAGCUUGUUGAUGGAUGGCCUUUGCCAAAGCAAAAAGGUUGACCUGGCACUGAAGUUAUUGAGUCAAAUUGUUAAUAAGGGAUUCAAGCCUGAUGUGACCAUGGUUAACAUUAUAAUUCACGGCCUUUGCUCUGCUGGAAACCUUGAGAAUGCGUUGCAGCUCUUUUUGAGCAUGAGCCAAUGGGAAUGUCGCCCGAAUCUUGUUACGUAUAACACCCUUAUGGAGGGAUUUUAUAAAGCUAGAGACUGCAAAAAUGCUUCAGCAGUUUGGGCUCUGAUUUUAAGAUGCGGGUUUCGACCAGAUAUUAUUUCUUAUAAUAUUACUCUUAAGGGGCUUUGUUCUUGCCAUAGAAUGUCAGAUGCCAUAUUAUUCUUUAACGAUGCCCUUAAUAGAAAAAUCUGUCCAACAAAAAUUACAUGGAAUAUACUUGUCAGAGCAGUUAUUUAUGGCUGAACUCUAACACGGUUUCAUAAAGUACACACCCGGUGGGUUUCAGAUACCAAUUUCUACAGCGAGCAGGAAGUUCAACUCCAAUUAGUUAAAAUACACUUAUCUGAUCUCUAAGUUCAUUGGUUUCAAUCACCCACUUUAAAUUAUCAGUUGCAGGGAUGAGAUUAUUGUUCCCACUAUCAAGGCAAGUUUGUCGGACCUUUAUACAGUAAUUCUUGUUUUAAGUU